AUGCGCGACAUCGCCGCCGCCUUCGAGGAGGUCGCCACGUUCCCGUCGCAGGAGGGCGCCGCCACUCCCGUUGCCGCUUCCCCUCCCAAGUCCGCGCACGGCAAGGGCAAAUCCGCUUCUCCUGUUCCUCCAUUUAAGCGUCUAUGUGGUCCUGGUGCCCCUAUCGUUGUGCCUGAUGCUGAAUGGGAAGAUUGUUCCGAGCCAUACAUCAAGCAAGCUUGCCUCCAGGUGUUCGAGUCAUUCAAGGCGGCCCUCACUACUGAGAUCGCUGCCAAGAUCUCUCAGGAUGCCGCCGACUCCAACAACAAGUUGCUGGCAAUGGUCGAUGCGCUGCGCUCCGAGGUCGCCAAGAAGUCCGAGGAUGAUGAUGAUGAUUGCGAGCGUGUCCUGGGCAUUGUCCGCCCCGAGGUCGACGGUGUGCACAGGCGCUUGCAGCAGCAGGUCGACUCCACAAAUGCGCGUCUCGCAGCUGCCGAAGGGCGGCUGGACGCACAUGACAAAGAACUUCAAGCUCUCAAGGAUGAAAUGGGGCGCCUGCGCCAUCUCUUUGCCGUGGCCGAGCAGCGCCCCGCGGCUCCUCCUCCCAUCCUGGCAGGCCUCGACCGCGACGUGGGUCCGUCCAUCGUGCACGCCAUUGCCCAGCGCCCCACUUCCCUUGCGGGGGACAAAACCUCGCUGCAGCAGUUCGCGCUCGACUCGGGCUUCCAGGCGGAGGAGUUCGAGAUCCAGGCGCUGGGCCCCCUCCCGUCGGAGCGGUUCGCGGUGCAGUUCCUCGGGCUCGCUGCGCCUGUCGCGCGGCGGGCCGCUAAGUUGCUCGGCUGCCUCAAGAAGCGGGGCGGCACCUGGCAUGGAUUCUCGGCUUCGCGCGGCGCCAACUCGCAGUGUCGCUCGCGCCUGGGCCCGUACAACGGCCCCAAGCAGAUCCGUUUGGAGGUCACGUUGCCUCGCGUCCGCCAAGCGCUCGCUGUCGCUCACCCUCGGGGCGAGAUCUUCAUGGACAAGGAACGCGGCACAUUGUCGGCCGUGUGGUCCUGCAUCGCCCGCGUCUCCGUCUCACCUGGCAACCGGGCGCCGCAGACCCAUUGGGGGCCAUCCAACCUGGCCAAGAUUGGCUGGGAUAAGCAGCGCUGCCUCGACGAUCCCGAGUCGCGCUUCGCCCUGGUCAAUGGCGACUUCAUUUUCUCCGACACCGACUCCGCGCAACCGAGUGCGCCAGUGGACUCGGAAGCGAUCAUCGGCAGGGUGUUCGUCUCCAUGCCCAGCUGGCUUGCCUGCCAGCACCUCGCCCUGUCCUGA